AUGGAUGGAAUCAAUCAAAACUUUCCUCAAAAACCUCCAAAGGAUGAUGAUUUGAACACAAAAGAAAAGCGUAGGGAGGCUAGUUUUUACACGCUGGUAGGCGAUGAACUAUACCGGCGGGGAAUUGUGUCUCCUAUGCUCAAAUGUGUUGACAUGAGAGAUGCCCAUGGAAUCAUGGCAGAAGUUCACGAAGGAGUAUGCUCUAGUCACAUAGGAGGGCGAUCAUUGGCAGUAAAGGAAUUGAGAGCAGGAUUUUACUGGCCAACAAUGAAGAAGGACUGUCUAGAAUACGUCAAGAAGUUUGGGGUCCCCAUGGCUUUGGUAAUGGAUAAUGGGACUCAAUUCACAAGCAAUGUCACCAGAGAAUUUUGUGCGGAUAUGGGAAUUGAAAUGCGAUUUGCAUCAGUAGAGCACCCUCAGACCAACGGGCAGGCAGAAUCAGCCAACAAGGUCAUUUUAAAGGGCUUAAAGAAAAAAUUGGAUGAGGCGAAAGGUCUUUGGGCUGAAGAGCUUCCAGCAGUCUUAUGGAACUGA